AUGAGCUUCCAGGGGUACGACCAGUACCAGCCGGACUACAGUCGGCAGGAGCUCUCACGCAAGGACAAGCGGCGGCAUAACAUCGAAUCCAAGGUCGCCAAGAUCAGCCAGAACUUCGUGGUAGACAAGGAUGUGCACUACCGGGACCGGCUGACACACCUGCAGACGGACCUGACAAGUCUGCAUCAGGGGAACAACCUGCAAUUCAUGCGGAUGCUGCGGGACCUGGAGGAGGAGCGGGACCUGGAGCUGAUCCGGCUGCGGUUCUACGAGGAGUACCGCGUGCAGCGGUCCAGCAUCGAGUUCCAGGAGGACAUCGAGAAGACCAAGGAGGAGCACGAGAAGAUGAUCAAGCUGUGCAAGGAGAAGCUGUACGAAUCAUUCGAGAAGAAGAUCAUCAAGCUGCAGGAGGAACGGCUGCUCACGGACGUGGCAAACGCGCACUCGUACUCGAUGGAUCAUCCGCGCACAAAGCAGGCGAAGCCGACGCGAAGCCUGCAGAGCGCGUGGGACUCGUCCACCAGCGAGCUGGGCGGCGGCACGGGCGCAGGCGGCGCCAGCGCGAACGAGAGCGGCACGGAGACCGGCGCUGAGCGCCGGUCUCUGCGCAAGCGCGUCACGAACAACGCGGCCGCACGCAUCAUCAACGAGGAGAGUGAGUAUGUCUCGAACCGCGACUCGUCGGGCCCAUACGGCGGCAGCCGCACGGGCACGGGCAGCGCGGCGAACGCUGCAAUGGCCGGCGGCAGCCAGAACAACAGCGAUUCCGAGUUCCUGCAGUAUAUCAGCGACUCGAACGAGCUCUACACGCUGCUGUUCGGCUCCGAGGAGCGAGACACGGAGAAAAAGAAGCUGCGUAGCACGCAGCGCCUCUCCACAAAGAGCGCCCCGCCGCUCCAGUCGCUGACGCCCGACGAGGUCACCGAGGACAUCGCCCUCAUCCGCCAGCUCACCGGCCAGCCACCCGCGCCGUUCCGCAUAUAG